CCACCCUGUCAACUUUAAAAAGUACACUCAAGUUUCGCUGCAGCAGAACCACCCGCACCGCUAAACGCUAAACGUGCAGAAGUUCUGGUCCACGGAGGGACACGAGCCAGCGCGGAGCAGAGGUUUCAACGCCGAUCCAAACAGGAGUCUGCGGAGAAAGAUGCCAGGUGAGCGGCUAACAGUGAGGAACUCUCUGGAGGUCGGGCGUUUCCCGGGAGCAGCUCCGCCCACCAAGGUGGAGCUGACCAUUCAGAGCGACGAGGAGAAGAAAGCGGAGGAAGGAUGUUGUCGUCGCUGGCUGAGGAAGUUCUGUCCGUGCUGCUGUAAGCGUCAGACCUCUACCUCCUAUGAUUUCACAGAUAAAGUGGAGUAUGUCAAACCUCCAGCCCCAGAGCCUGACAAGCAACCGUCUCAGGAUGGAGAGACGAAAGAAAUGGCAGGUAAUGAGCGAGACCCGUGGGCAAAGCUUCAACGGCUUCAACAAGCUUUAAUGUUUGUAUUCGACUUUCGUUUCUUAGAAAUUAAGUUGUCAGUGUGUUCGGUGGAUCUGCUGAGCUCCAAGACGGGUCAGAAUCGGCUGGAGCACCACACAGACCAGUAUCAUGGGGACGAGCUGAUCAUCCGCAGAGGACAGACCUUUCAGAUAGAGCUGGAGCUAAACAGGCCGUUCAAUGAAGAGAGCGACAAGCUGCACCUGGACCUGAGAACCGGUCCCCUCCCUUUGGUGUCUAAAGGCACCCAUGUCAUCAUUCCUCUGGUCAGUGAGCUGGAGGAUCAACGCUGGGAGGCCAAAGUCGUAGAGCGCAGCGGCAACAGGAUCAAGCUGUCGGUCAACUCUCCAGCCAGCAGUGUGAUCGGGCUGUACAGGCUCGCUGUGGUGACCAGCUCUGUGAGGAACGAGGCCUCGACUACUCAUGAUGCCAACAAAAACAUCAUCAUGCUCUUCAAUCCGUGGUGUGAAGAUGACACCGUGUUCCUGGACGACGAGGACGAACUAAAAGAGUAUGUGCUGAACGACACUGGGAGGAUUUACUACGGCACAGAAAAACAAAUAGGUGCCCGCACGUGGAACUUUGGACAGUUUCAUGAGGGAAUCCUGGACGCUUGCUUGUUCAUCCUGGAUAAGAGCGACAUGUCUCCUUCCGGUCGUGGGGAUCCUGUCAACGUAGUCAGGGUCAUAUCUGCCAUGAUAAACGCUCAGGAUGACUUUGGGGUUCUGGUUGGAAACUGGUCUGGGAAUUACUCAGGUGGAGUCUCUCCUGCAGCUUGGAGCAGCAGUGUGGAAAUCCUGAAGACAUAUCACUCCUCCAACGGAACGCCUGUGUCGUACGGACAGUGCUGGGUCUUCUCUGGGGUCACGACGACAGUGCUCCGAUGUCUUGGCAUCCCUGCGCGCAGUGUGACCAACUUCCAGUCUGCCCACGACACGGACGUGUCCCUCACCACAGACGUGUUUUUUGAUGAAAACCUGGAGCCGAUCGACGAGCUCAACACUGACUCUGUCUGGAAUUUCCAUGUGUGGAACGACUGCUGGAUGGCCAGACCCCACCUGCCCCCGGGGAACGGAGGCUGGCAGGCUGUGGACUCCACGCCGCAGGAGACGAGCCAGGGCACCUUCUGCUGCGGCCCAGCAUCUGUCAACGCCAUCCGCUCGGGCCAGGUCUACCACAAACACGACGCGCCCUUUGUCUUCGCCGAGGUCAACAGUGAUAAAAUCUACUGGCAGAGAAACAAGGAUGGUACGUUCAGCCAGUUUCACAUAGAGAAGAAAGCUGUCGGCCACUGCAUCAGCACCAAAGCCGUGGGUUCUGAUGAGCGAGAAGACAUCACUCACCUGUACAAACACCCAGAAGGUUCAGAAGAAGAGCGCAUCGCAGUGGAGACUGCUAGUCGCUACGGGAGCAAGCCGGAUGUGUACUCCAAAGCCAUGGCCGAGGACGUGAGUGUGGAGGUGAAGAUAGAGGGUGAGGGGCCCAGGAUGGGCGCCGACGCCAAGCUGAGCAUCGUGGUGAAGAACCUGAGCGCGCAGACACGUCAGACCACUCUGCACAGCCAGGUGGCCGUCAUAUACUACACCGGUGUGCUGAAAGACACCAUCAAGAAGGAGCAGAUACAAGUGGAGCUGUCAGCUAAUGAAGAAAAGACAAUUGAAUGGGUUCUGCCCUACCAGCAGUAUCAGAACCAGCUGGUGGAUCAGGCGGCCCUGAUGCUAACGCUGACCGGGAAAGUCAACGAGACCCAACAAAUGUUAGCCAACCAGACAACGUUCCGGCUCCGCACGCCUGACCUUAACAUCACGCCUUUGGGAGAAGCGGUGGUUGGUAAAGAGAUGGCAGCUAAGCUCACCUUCAAGAACCCGCUGCCGCGUACACUGAAGAGCGUGGUAUUCCGAGUGGAGGGCCUGGGUCUGCAGAAGGGCCAUGAGGUCCUGGUUGGUGAUGUGGGAGGUCACGCCACGGUGACCCUGACGGAGCACUUCAUCCCCACACAACCUGGACCCAGGAAGCUCGUGGCAUCCCUCGACUGCAAACAGCUGACACAAGUGCACGGAGUGGCUGACGUGAAUGUUCGUGAAUCAUAAGAUGGAAGCUUAUCUUACUGUAUAUCACCCGUGUGUAAACCCUUUAUGAAACAAGUCACACUUUUUUGAAAGUAUAGAGUUUAUUUUGUAUUACAACACAUUUUAAUUCCCUAUAUGUGCAACUACGAAGGCUGUUAACAACCGUAGCCUCACCACUAUUCAUCUCUUGAAAUUAUAUAAACGUGCAUUUAUUCCCUUCCUUUAUACGCCAGGCUUUAAACACAUGAACAGGAUAUGAAGAGCUCUAACAUGCACUGUGCAUUCAUAUACUACUAUAGACUGUAUAUUGAAUGGACACUAAUGAAUUUGAAGAUACUGAACAAACCAUGUGAAGGUGCAGUUAAGUCUAGUGAGGCAGUAUUUCAUGAUGCUGUGAAUAUUGUAUGUGAAUUCCUCAGAUACUCAUUAGUAUUUGCAGAGAAAAUGAAGAAUUUCAUGGCUGGAACAGAGAAGGAUACUGUAAAGCAUUUACAGGGAGUGAAGCUGAAUCUGGUGAAGACAUAGAAGACAUUUAGUAUUUUUUCUAUCUCAUUUAAAUCAAAAACAUUUUUCAAUUUAGCAAACGUUGCAUCUACAUGUGUCUAGAAUGUUCUUCUAACCAUCAGAUGAGCCUAUGAUGAUCUUGCUCUGUAUUGUCCUGUUUGACAAACCACUGACAGCAGCUUCAUGGCAUUUAUUUUCAUAAAUGACCAGAUCAUAGUGGCCUUAGCUUCAUUGACCUCAGCUUUAGCAGCGUCCAGUCUGUUUAACCUCAGCAGUCAUUGUACAAUGUGAAGGAACAUUAAAGUAUUUAUCUGCCAAUUUUUGUAUUAAAACCCACACUGAACUAUC